GCGGCUUCGCGGUCUGUUAGAUGAUUUAACAAAUACGGUGGCUCCCUCAGAGCCCCAGGUUCCAGGUCCUUCUCAGGGAGCCCUCCUUACCCCAGAGCUUUCUGGGGCCGUGUUCCCGGCUCAGGGCCCCCUAAUUUGCAUCCAGGUACAAGGCCCGUGACCGUGACCGUGUGGAUGUCACAGAGACUCAUACGUGACCCACGCCUCCCAGCAGCCUUCACCUCCCAUGUCCUGGUUCCCAGGGGGAGCAGCAGCGCCUUGGUCAGGGCCUUCCCGGGCGGCUGCCUUCUCGCCACGCCCAUGAGUCCUUGGCCGUGUCUGAGCCCUCUGGAACACAGGCGGAGGGUCAUGCCCACUGAGUCUGCAGGGUGGGCCAUCUCCGUGGGGGCGGACGGGGCCCCUCUCCCCUGCCUGGCCCGGGUAACCUGAGCCCCACAUUGAACCCAGCAUGGAACAGCUGACAAUGCUGCGGCCAGACAGCUGCUGGGGCUGGCCAGGCUGCGGGGUGGGAGUGUGGGCUAUCACGUGACACCCAAAGCCCAUCUCCCUCUGCCCUGGGCCUGGGGAGGUGCCACCCAGCCCUGUCACUGCACAGAGUCCAGGCACCAUGCGUCGGCACCGGGCGCCACUGCUCUUCCUGUUGCUGCUGGCCAGCUGCCUGGCGACCCUGGGCCGGAACCAGGAGGAGCGGCUGCUGGCGGACCUGAUGCGCGACUACGACCCCCACCUGCGGCCGGCCGAGCACGACUCCGACGUGGUGAACGUGAGCCUGAAGCUCACCCUCACCAACCUCAUCUCCUUGAACGAGCGCGAGGAGGCACUCACCACCAACGUCUGGAUAGAGAUGUGGUGCGACUACCGCCUGCGCUGGGACCCGCAAGACUACGAAGGCCUGUGGGUGCUGCGGGUGCCGUCCACCAUGGUGUGGAGGCCGGACAUCGUGCUGGAGAACAAUGUGGACGGCGUCUUCGAGGUGGCCCUCUACUGCAACGUGCUCGUGUCCCCCAACGGCUGCAUCUACUGGCUGCCACCCGCCAUCUUCCGCUCCUCCUGUGCCAUCUCUGUCACCUACUUCCCCUUCGACUGGCAGAACUGCUCCCUCGUCUUCCAGUCCCAGACCUACAGCACCAGUGAGAUCAACUUGCAGCUGAGUCAGGAAGACGGUCAAACCGUUGAGUGGAUUUUCAUCGACCCCGAGGCCUUCACAGAGAACGGGGAGUGGGCCAUCCGGCACCGGCCUGCCAAGAUGCUGCUGGACCCGGCAGCGGCAGCGGACGAGGAGGCGGGCCCCCAGAAGGUGGUGUUCUACCUGCUGAUCCAGCGCAAGCCCCUCUUCUACGUCAUCAACAUCAUUGCCCCCUGUGUGCUCAUCUCCUCCGUCGCCAUCCUCAUCUACUUUCUGCCUGCCAAGGCGGGCGGCCAGAAGUGCACCGUCGCCAUCAACGUGCUCCUGGCCCAGACUGUCUUCCUCUUCCUUGUGGCCAAGAAGGUGCCCGAGACCUCCCAGGCAGUGCCGCUCAUCAGCAAGUACCUGACCUUCCUGCUGGUGGUGACCAUCCUCAUCGUGGUGAACGCCGUGGUCGUGCUCAACGUGUCCUUGCGUUCCCCACACACGCACUCCAUGGCCCGAGGGGUCCGAAAGGUGUUCCUGCGGCUCCUGCCCCAGCUGCUGAGGAUGCACGUCCGGCCCCCGGCCCCAGCGGCCAGGCAGGACGCCCGGCCCCGGCUACAGAACGGCUCUUCCUCGGGGUGGUCGCUCACAGCUGGGGAGGAGGUGGCCCUCUGCCUGCCUCGCACUGAGCUCCUCUUCCGGCAGCGGCAGCGCAACGGGCUGGUGAGGGCAGCACUGGAGAAGCUAGAGAAAGGCCCAGGGCCAGGGCAGAGCCAGGAGCUGUGCGGCAGCCUGAAGCAGGCAGCCCCGGCCAUCCAGGCCUGCGUGGAGGCCUGCAACCUCAUCGCCCGGGCCCAGCACCAGCAGAGUCACUUUGACAGUGGGAGUGAGGAGUGGUUCCUGGUGGGCCGCGUGCUGGACCGCGUCUGCUUCCUGGCCAUGCUCUCCCUCUUCGUCUGCGGCACCAGUGGCAUCUUCCUCAUGGCCCACUACAACCGGGUGCCCGAGCUGCCUUUCCCUGGAGACCCCCGCCCCUACCUGCCCUCGCCAGACUGAGCCACCCACGCGCUGCUGGGCACGGGGGAGUCGCACACGUGGGGCCCUCUGAGUCGGCAGCUGUGCUGUGCCGUUGCCGCCGCUGUCACAAGUGCACCCUUUGGGAAGUGCCCUCCAGAGCCGCGGGAGCCAAAUAGCUCUGGAAAGAGGGGGAAAUAAAACGGCAGCGUUCCA